AUGACUUUGAAAGUCGGAAUAAUCGGUGCUGGCAGUGUCGGGCAGACGCUAGGCAAGGCCAUAGCAAAGAAGCACUCGGUUCUAUUCGGCGUCAGAAAUGUCGCAAAGUAUGCCGACUUGGCAGGACUAGAAAACGUUUCAGUGCUUACUGUUCCGGAAGCUGUAAAAAGCAGCGACGUGGUGGUACUCGCAGUUCCAGGCGCGCACAGCGAUGCCGGAAUCAAGGCCAUUGCGUCAGACCUUGGUGCUGAUAUCAAGGGCAAGGUUUUGAUUGAUGCGACGAAUCCACUUUCGCCCUAUCCGGGCCUGGAGGUCCGUUGGACUGGAAAGUCAGGCCUAUACCUACAACCGCCGCCCCCGGGUCUGCUUGAAGAGGCAGCCUGUCGAUUCCUUCACCCGACGCAAAGGGGCAUCGCUAGUACCGCAUCAAAGAUGGUUGCGCAACUUUACACGAAAGUAUGCAUUAUUGGCUCGGGCCCUGCUGCCCAUACAGCUGCGAUUUACACGGCGCGCGCAGAACUGGGCCCAAUCCUUUUCGAGGGCUUUAUGGCGAAUGGAAAUGCUGCUGGGGGUUUCUCUGAGGGCAUUCUUGGUGUUGAGCUAACAAAUUGCUUCCGUGACCAGUCCGCUCGGUUCGGGACGAAGAUUUUCAGCGAAACGGUCGAGAACGUCGAUUUCUCGAAGCGGCCAUUCACCGUACGAACCUCGGAAAAGGAGGUGAAAGCUGAGACGGUCAUUAUCGCUACGGGUGCUGUGGCGAAGCGGAUGGAGUUCCCGGGCAGCGGCGAGGAGGGUGGCUACUGGAACAAGGGCAUUUCGGCCUGCGCUGUUUGCGACGGCGCCGCUCUUAUCUUCCGCAACAAGCCUAUUGCAGUAAUUGGUGGCGGCGAUUCUGCCAUGGAGGAGGCAAACUUCCUGACCAAGUACGGCUCCAA